ACCCGAGAUUGCAUCGACUGUCAACGGUGGAGAGACAUGCGUCAUGGAGACGGAGGACGUUCUUAAGGGUUUUGCAGAUGGCAGCAAGGAAGGGAAUUCGGCACGAGGGAACAACGCAGACUGUGCAGAGGUGCUUGCGACAAUAUGUGCACAGACUGCAAAGAUGAUGGGUGAUGGUGAUGAAACAGAGAAUAAUGCAGGACGGAGCACUUGUGAGACGGAAACGGUUGGGGAAGAGAGAGAGGAGGGAGAUCUGGGAAGCAGGGAAUCUCUGAAAGGGUGUAUUGUGAAAGAUGAAAAUAUGGUGAAGACAUCAGCAGGAGAAGAGUACCCAUAUGACAUCAAUUGGGUGUCGGGUCGUGUUCAACCGGGUAUUGUUGGAGCACCCUGCUUUGCAUUCAAAGUCGAAGGGACAUGGGUUUCAUUUCCUGCCCCCAAAAAUAAUAAAUGGCGAAACGUGACUCUGGCAAUCGUGUUUGACAGACUAUUAAGGUUGAACGAUGGGGCAACAACAGAGGUGAAAGCACGAUAUGCGAUAGACGUGUGGCGUGUUCUGGAGGCGCAAGGCGAGUUCAGGCUGAACGAUUUUUUGUACGACAAUUUUGAUUGCGGAAAGACAUGGGUGAUUGGCGGGAACGACGCAACAGGGAGUACGGCGUGCCACGAGAGCGAUGCGAGGAGGGAUCCUAGAUGGGGUUGGGUGCCAUGUGUGAUCCCGAUUCCAUGUGGCCGUGUGAGGAUGAUGAUGCGUGAUGCCAUGGGAAAUGUCUGGAGCACGCAUUAUGUGAAUGGCAACUUCUCCUUCAGGCACCUCGACAGGGAGGUCUCAGAAGACGAGAAGAAGGCAAUGACAUGAUGUUUGCAUCCUGCAGUGGUUGAUGGCAAGGUGACGAUGGCAGCAAGACUGCAAUCAGGGCAUUGGCUCCCAUUGGGAUGGAUGCAUGCAAGCAUUGUGGAGCAUUGGCAGUUCCUCGUGGUUCUGGCACGUGUCUCAAUUUUCAAUGUGAAUGUAAAGGACCACGACAUGGUGGUUGAACACGCAAAGUGGUGCUGGGAGAAGAUAAGGGAGGAGGAGCGUCAGAUGGUGUGUGCGGGUUAUGACUCCAUGGCUGACCAGGGGAUGUGGUCCAUGGUUGAGGGGAGUUGUACGGCCCAAGAGCACGGCGACAGUGAGAACGGAUACAUGGCUCGCAUUCGCCGCAGGCACGGUUGCACGACCAUUCUUGGUUGGGUCCCGGACGUGGAGGCUACUCUUGCAGAGGUAAUGAAGUAUGCAAAGGAGGGUGUCCACUACAACAGUGACAGCGAUUUGUCUUUGCUUCAGGAAAGGGUCCCGAGGUACUUCAUAGUCGCUGUGGAUAUGAGAUUCACAAUCGUGGCAAAUGGCGAGGGCUGUGUCAAAGCACGAACACUCUUGCAACGCUUCAGAGAGUCACCACAUGUACGUGUGGACAACGAUGUGGAACAUAGUGCAUACAGUCUAAAAGGAGUGGUCCAGUGGAUCUGCAUCGAAGAGAUGUGCGAAGAAGGAGAYGUGGACAUGACAAUGYAGCAGACAGGGGGGACAUAUACAYCUGCGAACUUGGGCAAGUUGCUGGCCACUGUCGCACGGAAUGGGGGAAUGCUGGUUGAUGGGUCGAAGGACGAGUUGAAGAGCGGUGCUGCAGAAAUAUUGAAAAUGGACAGCGGUCCACGGGUGUGCGACUGUGGCAGGCCUUUCAUGUCAUUACGAACUUUGAACUCACAUCGUGCGAGGGCAUGCCCGACCGUGGCGGACGAAAGAACACAUGGCCAGGAGAUGGGUGUGGUCGAUGACGGCGGAGCAUCAAGUAUAGGUGUAGUGAAUCUCGUGAGCGAUGAGAGCGAGGACGUCGGGGCCCCCGAGAAUGUAGACGGCGAGGGCGGGACAUUUGAAGAGCAGCAACCGCAGCCUUUCGAAUUUUUUGACAGCUCUCGCAAGCUGGCGGCACUGAUCUUCUCCGUCAGGGGCGACGUCGAACCUCGGACGAUGUGCACAGCGCGGCCCGAGAGGAAGCAGAAGAGGAACACGACCAGUCCAUAUCAGAAAAGUCUGACGGGGAGGAGAACGAGGCAACAAGUGACGAGGGAGGUGACAGUCAAACUUCCGAUGGACAUUCUCGCGACACUCACGACGCUGAUGACGAGGACGGCAGGAGCAGCGACGGCGGAGCGCAGGACGAGGGCGGUGACGGGGCAAGCGAAGACAACAGAAGCGCGGACGGAAGAGGGAGUUCCUCAUCUCUGGGAAGAAUGCGGCACACGAGGGAAGCCGAAAGUGGCGGCGAGGGAGGCGCAGCCGACGCGCCCUCCAUUGACAGAUAACUAGUAAGGCACGACAACGCAGUUAAAAAAGAUAAACAAAAUGUGCUGAAGUUG